AUGAACGUUAAUAGUUCAAAAGGAGUGAACAUUCCUCUGAUUCACUUUGACGUGAACUAUGAUUUUUCAGAGCCAAGAGAUCUUCCUCGGCUUCCGGGAAGCACGAAGCUGCAUCGUACAAGCAAUGUGCGACGGAAAUCCGGUCAUUCUCGAAACUGCUCUAUGUCGUCAACAUUAUCAUCAUUCACGGCGGACGAUGAGGUAAGGUCUGGGACAACGACGACAUCGUCGUCGUCGACGAACUUGGAACCUCCUUCAGCAUUUCCUCAAGAACGUCUUGGUAGAAGUUCAAAUAUGUUUGUUCAGCAUCGGCGUUACACGUCCGACGGAGCUUUUGACUUGAGUGGUUCUCUGUAUCGAUCACCCGUUUCGGCAGCCAUUCCAGCCGAACAGUUGCAGCAAAGUCCGAGUUAUGAGACCGACGCAAAGGAUCCUUCUUCAACGACUACCAAUUCCUCGUACAAUACGGCUGAACCCCUAACAAGCAGUACGCCUCCGCCAGACAAGCUAAUGGCGACUAAUACAACUCGCUCACCGCGAAUCGCUGAACCCGUUCCCGCUCGCCCCACCAACAUGAAGCUUUCCCGAGCUGCUAGCAUGAUGUCGGCCGUGGGUCGCUCUCCGUUUCAAACAUCUCGAUUCCGACAGCGUCCUCAGUCUGCAUAUUACCACACGCAUACUCGCAUCUCCUCCUGUGUUACACAUCCACCUCCUUCUUUUCUCGCCGAUGAAGUCGACAACUCGUUGAUGACACCGAACGCGAGAGCAGGGCCUUUGCGUCCUUAUUCCGACGAAAUUGGAACCCAUUCUAGUCAAUCUUUUUCUGACGAAACGACCCGUUUUUUUAAUGACAGAACAGAUUCAGACGAAGUCCGGAAAAAACGUCAGCGCAGACGCGCAAACCUUAUUAAGGAACUGAUUACUACGGAGGCAGCCUACUUGAGUGACUUGAACGCUGUUGAUGAGUGCUACAAAAGCCGUGUCCCGCUUUGUUCCGCGCUAAACAGCAUCGAGACUAGUGUAGUUUUCCAAGACUUGGAUUCCCUGAUUGCAUUCACAGUCGUGUUCUACAAUAGCCUUCUCGUCCAUGGACAAGGUGCAUGGGCAGUCAGUGCUACUGGCGAGUUGGAUCCUCAGCCGUGUGACAUUGGCCUUGUGUUUUUAGAGUACAUAACCGAUAUCAACCUCCUGUACUCGCGAAUCUGUAGUCGUCAAGACGCCAUGUUUCGUAUCAUAAAAAAAUGGCGCGAGAGGCCAGAAAUUUCGCAGUGGAUUUCUGAAGGUGACAAAAUUGCACAAAAAAAGACAAACGCUUGGGAUUUGGGCAGCUUGUUAAUUAAACCGCUGCAGCGUUUAAUGAAGUAUCCUUUAUUGUUAAAAAAAAUCAUCGAUGUCACGGCUGAAGACAGCCCUGAACGUCCUAAUCUUCUUGCAGCUUUUCGCGCGCUCCAAGAAACUGUUUCACAAAUUAAUCAGCGCCAGCGCCCUUCCCACAAACGUGGUUCUUUAAGCACCUCCUCUGCAUUUUCCAAACGUGACCUUUCCUGGCACAACCUUUACAAGCCUGCAUCUGCGCGUUCUCGUACGAAUCUGGCUAAACAUGACCAAGAGCUAGAUCCGCAAAAAGACAUUUUGCGAGCUUUGCGCGUAAAGUUCCUCAGUAUUCGUACAUUGCAAGCCACCUUCGUAAACUGGGUUGCUGAACUGAAACAGCAAAUCCUUACUUUAGCUGGAACCUUGAGCAACUUUGAGCAACUUAGCACUCUCAAUGGAAGCGAAGAGGCACCCAUUGCUUGGCGCCGGUUACGACUUCACGCAGAUAUAAUGGCAAGUGGUGCAGUGCCACAACUGAAGAAUACGCUGUGUACGACUGUUACAGAGCCAUUGACAAAGCUCUUGCAGAAUAUCGGAAAGCUGUCUGCCUACAUUUCGGUCUCUGCUACCCCUUUCCCACUCGAACCACUGCAAAAGACUGUCGAAUUAAUCGACAGAAGCUACGAGCGCAUUGUUGGUGCGUUCAUCUCGGCACUCCGAGACUUUUAUGCAACCUGGUUUGAAGGGUUGUCUCUUCUCGUUACGGUUGCAACUCCAGAUGCAGAUGUAACUGUUGUGGAAAAUGUAAACAAUGUCCACGAAAUUGCUCUUGCCUUUGAGCCUAAGCACUACGAGAUGGAUGUUCAGGUCCAGAAAAUAGUUCAUCUGCUGAAGGAGGCCUAA